CUCGGUGCCAUCACGUCGUCGCACGUACCCGGAGAGACCGAGGGGCACGCGAAAAACGCCGGUGCUGGUGGAAUCAACAAACCAGUAUCAACUGCCACAAUGAUGACCAUGGCCUUAACCGUCCUUUUGAUCUUGGUACCCGCCGCGUUUCCGGACAAGAUUACAAUUGGCGCCAUUUUUGAACAAGGCACCGACGAGGUACAAUCCGCCUUCAAAUUCGCAAUGAUGAACUACAACAAUCAAAACAAUACAACUCGCAAAUUCGAGCUGCAAGCCUUCGUGGACGUAAUUAACACCGCGGAUGCCUACAAGCUGUCUCGCCUCAUUUGCAAUCAAUUUAGCAGAGGCGUUUUUUCGAUGCUGGGCGCUGUAAGUCCGGAUUCGUUCGAUACGCUACAUUCUUACAGCAACACCUUUCAGAUGCCGUUUGUGACGCCGUGGUUUCCCGAAAAGGUAAUUAAUCGUUACCUUAACGGAUACAAUAAGGUCCUGACGCCGUCCUCGGGUCUUCUGGACUUCGCUAUAAGUAUGCGACCGGAUUACCAUCGCACCAUCAUCGAUACGGUGCGAUACUACGGCUGGAAGAAAAUCAUCUACCUCUACGACUCCCACGACGGAUUACUCAGGCUGCAGCAGAUUUAUCAAGGGCUGAAACCAGGCAACGAGUCCUUUCAAGUUGAAACUGUCAAGAGAAUACAGAAUAUGUCAGAAGCGAUCGAUUUUCUACGCAGUCUAGAGGAACUUAGUCGAUGGAGCAACAAAUACGUCGUUCUCGAUUGCCCAACGGAUAUGGCGAAGGAUAUCGUCGUGAGUCAUGUGAGGGACGUAGCUUUAGGAAAGAGAACGUAUCACUAUCUGCUGAGUGGCUUAAUAAUGGACGACCGAUGGGAGAGCGAAGUGAUCGAGUACGGCGCCAUCAACAUCACGGGCUUUCGCAUCGUGGAUGCCACUCGACCUCACGUCAAGGACUUCCUGGCCGGCUGGCAUCGCAUGGAUCCCAACACGUUUCAAGGCGCCGGUCGUGAAUCCAUUUCCGCGCAAGCCGCUCUGAUGUAUGACGCCGUGUUCGUCCUGGUUGAGGCCUUUAAUAAGUUUCUGAGAAAAAGAACCGAUAAAAAUAGCACAAGACGGAUAGGAACUCCGGGCAGUAAUCAGCCGACAAACGGAACGGAAAAGAAAGCCUUGGACUGUUACAACAAUCGCAACUGGGUGACUCCGUGGGAAUAUGGCGACAAAAUCUCGAGACUUUUGAGAAAGGUUGAGAUUGAAGGGUUAACAGGAGAGAUACGGUUCAACGACGAUGGCCGACGACAGAAUUACACGCUUCACGUCGUCGAGAUGACUGUCAACAGCGCCAUGGUAAAAGUUGCCGAGUGGACUGACGAGACUGGUUUUCAAGCAAUAGCCGCAAAAUAUGUGCGACUUCGUCCGCAUGAAAUCGAAAAGAAUAAAACUUACAUUGUCACCACUAUACUGGAACCGCCUUAUUUAAUGAAAAAAGAUCCAAGUGAAACGUUAAUCGGGAAUGACAUUUACGAAGGAUAUUGCAAGGACUUAGCCGACAUGAUUGCCAAGAAGUUGGGUAUAUCAUACGAGCUACGGAUCGUGAAGGAUCAGAAAUACGGUACGGAGAACAUCGAUGUACCGGGUGGUUGGGACGGCAUGAUUGGCGAGCUUAUCAGAAAGGAGGCCGAUAUAGCAAUUGGUCCUCUUACCAUCACUUCCGAGCGGGAACGCGUGGUCGAUUUCAGUAAACCGUUCAUGUCUCUCGGCAUUAGCAUCAUGAUAAAAAAGCCCGUCAAACAAAAACCCGGAGUCUUCAGCUUUCUGAAUCCGCUGAGCAAAGAAAUCUGGGUGUGCGUUAUUUUCUCCUACAUCGGAGUUUCCAUUGUCCUGUUCAUUGUAUCGAGAUUUUCUCCUUAUGAGUGGAGAGUCCUAACCAUCAGCGGUAGCACGGAUUCGGCUAUUAGUGGACGAAAUGACCCCAGUUUGCAGCAUCCACAUACGCCGCAAGGUUCACCCCACAUGCCAACUUCUAGCAUGGCCAACGACUUCAGUAUCGUAAAUAGCCUCUGGUUUGCUCUGGCAGCGCUUAUGCAACAGGGCUGCGAUAUCUCACCUAGAUCCAUAUCUGGCCGCAUAGCCGGCAGCGUUUGGUGGUUCUUCACCUUGAUUUUAAUAUCUUCCUACACCGCGAAUCUCGCCGCGUUUUUGACCAUUGAGAGAAUGGUCACACCAAUCAAUUCACCCGAAGAUCUGGCGGCGCAGACGGAAGUUCAAUACGGCACUCUGAACGAAGGUUCCACUCGGGAUUUUUUUCGAAAAUCUCAAAUCAGUCUCUACAGCAAGAUGUGGGAAUUCAUGAACUCGCGGAAGCACGUAUUCGUAAAAUCGUACGAAGAAGGAAUACGAAGAGUGCGAGCAAGUAAGGGCAAGUACGCACUUUUAAUAGAAAGCCCAACAAACGAGUAUGUCAACGAGAGAGAACCUUGCGAUACGAUGAAGGUCGGCAGAAACUUUAACACCAAGGGAUACGGCGUCGCGACGCCCUUAGGAUCCCCUCUCAAACUUUUCUUAAAUGCGUUGGAACAAAAGCAAAAUAAGGUAUGAUCAAAUACAAUUUUAAUCGAGAUUGUUGCAAAUGCAGUACAGUUUUUUGUUUUUUUUGUUUUUUUUUAUUAAUAUACUGCAAUAUUAUUUUGUGGCGUUUUAAGCCACUCACAACGUAAAUUAGUAUUUUAACUUGUCAGAAGUAAUUUUGUUUCCACAUCUUUUCACACCUUGUCAGACACCAGAGAGAAGACACUUGAUAUAUUUUUUGUCGAACGAACCGAGGGCGAGUAGGUAAUUAACGUGGUUUUGUAGUCAUCACUGUGAAACAGACUCUGGUACACACUAUCUCUCUUCGCCUCACUUCGUCUCUGUCUCUUUCAAACUUUUUUGUGGCUUCGCUUCCCAUCCCGUUGUAUUUAGAGCGAUGUCGCACAUCAUUACGCACAAUUAGCAUAGAAAAACUCUGCACCUCUCUUUUCCAUGCCAUUACCCGUCAGGGAAACACGUUUACUAACCAAAACUAUUUCGGAUCGUGUUUCGGCAGCGUGCUACCGAACUUCUCGAUUCUUUUCGUUGUAGAAAUCAGAUCUGUCUAUUAUAUCAUUUUGUUUUCAUUUUUUUUUCGAAAAAUUUAUAAAAAGUAAACGUGAACAGAAUUUAUAUUUAUUAUGCUCUUUUGGUUUUUUUUCUGUCUGUUGUGUUUUAUUUACGAGAAAUUUACAUUAUUGACGUUUUUAUCCGAAAAUAUUUUACGACCUUGUAA